AUUUAAGCCGCUUCAACUUCGCCAAACCACCAUCUACAUCGAAUUGCCAUUGCCAUACCUGGAGGGAUUGACAUAUACACACGAGAUGGCUUCUCUCCGGUCUCACGCAGCGGCAGCGACGCUGCUACGGAGCGCGAGAUUGGUUCCGAGCCGACAAGCUUUAGCGAUGGUGCAGAGGCGAUUCAAAUCCGACGACUCGACGACAUCCCUCACCGAAUCAGGCGAACCCUCCGUUCCCGAAGAGAAGCCCCGCAAUGCGCCUGACUAUGGCGUCCACAUCGACCGAGCAACAUCCACAUUUACCCCCAUACCGAAGCAAGUAAUGGACGGUAGCGAAGAUCACGACAUCCUCCCAGCCGCCGUACUUUCCGGUGCUCCGAUUGAGCUACAGGCGAGAGCUGUCCGCAUUUACCGACCUUCCAAACCCGCCACACAAUCCGGAACAUGGGGUGCCCAUCACUGGAGGAUGGACUGGGACAUUCUCUCGAAAGGACACCGAUGGGAGAAUCCUUUAAUGGGAUGGCAAUCAUCCGGUGAUUUCAUGCAAGGCACCAAGCUCGAAUUCAAGACCAAGGAAGAUGCCAUCGCGUUCGCCGAGAAGCAAGGAUAUGAGUACUUUGUACAAGAGCCGAAUGAGCGUGCUUUCACACCCAAAGCCUACGCCAACAAUUUCUUAUACACACCCAAGAAGCUCAAGCUUAUCCGAGCUAAAUAGUUCCACAACAUGGAGAAUA